GAGGAGGAGGAGGGAUAGAGGACGGAGCAGUUUAGGGAGGACAGGCGCGUUGCUCCCCGUAUGGUGGUGAUUUCAUGUGGAAGAAGAAGAAAGCGACUGAGAAAGCAGCGAGGUCGUCACUCUGAAACGGAUUUUAUUUAUUGUGCACCCGCAAAAUGUGUACCCCGUGUUGUAUCUCGCAGCUGGCCUGCUGCUGCGGCUCAGCAGCCUGCUCGUGCUGCUGUAACUGCUGCCCCAAGAUCAAACAGUCCACAGGGACCCGAGUGAUGUAUGCCCUCUACUUCCUGCUGGUCACCAUCAUCUGUGUCAUCAUGAUGUCCCCAACUGUGGAGCAGGAGUUGAGAGACCAUAUCCCCUUCUACAGUGAUCUGUGUGAGAAGAUGAAUGCAGGGAAGAACUGCAAAACUCUGGUUGGCUACUCUGCCGUCUACAAGGUGUGCUUUGGCAUGUCCUGCUUCUUCUUAUUUUUCUCUAUCUUCACCAUACGAGUCAACAACAGCACAGGCUGGAGGGCGGCAGUGCAUAACGGGUUCUGGUUGCUGAAGUUUAUCGCGCUGGUGGCGUGCUGCGCUGGAGGCUUCUUCCUUCCCGAAGAGGAAACCUUUCUGGAAGUGUGGCGCUACGUAGGAGCUGCUUGCGGGUUCAUUUUCCUGCUGAUCCAGCUCAUGCUGUUGGUGGAGUUUGCACACAGAUGGAACACAAACUGGAGUUCAGGAGUAAAGUAUAAUCGUCUGUGGUACGCAGCUUUGGCCCUUGUGACUCUGGUGCUGUUCAGUGCUGCGGUAGGAGCUGUAGUCCUCAUGGGUCUGUUCUACACCGACCCUGAGGCCUGUUUGCUUAACAAGAUCUUCCUGGGCAUCAACGGCAGCCUGUGCCUCAUCGUCUCCCUGUUGGCCAUCUCCCCAUGCAUACAGAAAUUGCAGCCCACAUCAGGCCUGCUGCAGCCAGGAGUCAUCAGUGUGUAUGUUAUGUACCUCACCUUCUCAGCUUUCUCCAGCAAACCAAAAGAGAUGGUGGAGAGAGAUGGCGUGAACACAACCGUGUGUGUGUUUCCCUUGAACUCUGGGACGGAGAGCGACAAGAAAAUUGUCACCGCUGUGGGAACCGUUAUCCUGUUUGGCUGCGUCCUUUACUCUUGCUUGACAUCCACCACCAGGCGAAGCUCUGCAGCACUCAGAGUGUGCAGGAACAGUGAGCCAGAGACGGAGAGAGCUCGCUGCUGUUUCUGUUUUGGAGAUGACACAGAUGACUAUGAUGAGGAGAAGACUGGUUCAGGCCAGAAUGUGGUGUAUGAUGAGAGAGAGGGAACCAUCUACAGCUACGCCUACUUUCAUUUUGUCUUCUUCCUGGGAUCCCUCUAUGUCAUGAUGACAGUCACCAACUGGUUCCAUUAUGACAACCACAAGAUUGAGAAACUGUUGGAGGGGAGCUGGUCAGUGUUCUGGAUCAAGAUGGCCUCCUGCUGGGUCUGUCUCAUCCUCUACAUGUGGACCCUCAUCGCUCCCAUGGUGUGCCCGAAGCGCUUUGAGGCCUAGGGCCCACAUCACUGCGCUACAGUCAGGGUACUCUGAUUCUUGGGAUGUGGCCAAGUAGAUGCUCUCACCCUGAGCCAAGGGACCACCACAACCCCCAUUUACCUUGAAAUACAACCCUACACUACCCUCAGCAUUCAAAAUGGAGGAUUAUCUGUUGCCUUUUGUUUUAUAUGUUAGUGUUUCUUUUACUUUGUUUUUACAAUGUUAAGCUGUUAAUACCUUGAUGGUAAUUUUGUCAUCUUUUACUUACUUCUGGAGUUUUAUAUUACUUACAGGUUUGUAAUUACAUAAAGAAUCAUGGGACUUGAGCUAUGUUGUGAAACAUGUGAAGCAUCCACCUCCUUUAGGUUCCUUGAUCAUUUCAGAUUUGAGUGUGUUUUGUAAGAAUUUCCUGUGUGUGUCAGUUUUUUUGGAUUUUCACUUUUUCUCUCAGCCAGGCAUUUUAGUUCUGUACAGUUGGACCAUAAAGUUGUAGCAAAGUUUAGGGACAAAUGUAUUUCAGGUCAGAUGUUACAACAGAAAUUGUAUUUAUUUAAGUACGUCUUAAGUAAUCACAAAUCAUUUGGGAAGGAAUGCAGUGUAAAUGUAGUUAAAUUUGUCCCUGACUUUGUUCAAAAACUCAUCUCUCAGGCUCAAAUGUAAGCUGUAAAUGUUUUUGCUUUGUUGUGUUGCGCCCUUUUGUAGAAGUUUUCUAUGCAACAGAACAAGCUCUUUUCAAUAUUAUAGACACCCAGUGUUGUGAAGUUUCCACUUAGAUCACAAGGAUAAUGUUUCAGAUUUUAUUAAUGUCAGUGCUCCCUUUGAGCCAGAUCUUUUCUUAGGAAAAUCGAUGUCAUUUGUACAACAUUUCCAGUCAUCAUCGUUGUGGCACAGGGCAGUGUUCUUCAAAUCAACCUGCCUCAUGCAACUGUGACACUAGUGGAGUGCCACCUCUCUGGAAGAGCUGCAGUGACAUAGAUGGGGAAUGUUUGCCAAAGGUAGAUGUCAGAAAACAACAAAAUACUCUUAUCAGAUUGUUUGGUCAGUUACAGAGAAAAAUAUAACUGAGAACAUUAUGUAUUUGCAUGCACAGACACUUAAAUCAGCUGUUUUCUGUACAGUUAUUAAGGCGUUUUGCCUUGUCUUUGUUACAUGUUUCAGCUCAUAAUGGUGUUCAGAAUAAGGUAGCAUGAAUGCUUUUAUUAGUGAGUUAUUCAACACUGGAUGUUGAGUUUACUGCCGAAUUAAAAUCCACACAAAGACCUUCACUUGUUUGUUACCUGUGUAACAGAUUUUUUUCUUUGUGUAAAAUUACAUUAUAUUGCACAUUGUCAACUGCAAGUUGUUUAUUUUUCUCAUUCAUCAUCAAUAAAUCAGUGUGUUCGUC